AUGAACAUGGGCGGCGGCGCCGUCCCACAGGGAGUGUGCUCUCGUAAUACGACUGGUGCCACUGUAAACGGACGUUUGCUUCACCAUUUCGACACGCUAAAGCUAAUGGCGAAUGGCGUCCCGCUGGGUCUAGGUCCCUUGUGGAUCAAUAAUGAUGGUCUUUAUGGUCUUGCGAACAGCUUUACGCCCAUUGGAAGGAUAAACAUCUACAACAUGAUCGUGCGCUCGUUUCCUUGGGCCGAGGCAUUUUCUCCAACGCACUUAGAUGGAACUACUCGAGCUCAUUUGGAGAAGGAGUUGGAAGAGCUGUUGUUGUAUGAGAACACGCGUUCGUAUGCUCGGCAUCCUCAUGAUGACUUCAGUACCCGCUCAUAUUAUCGACGGCCAGCCACCUCAUUGCCUGACCCAGGGACGCCACAUCAAUCAGAAAGAGAGGCUCGAGCCAGGCGUGAACACGAGCGACAGGCCCAAAUGGAGAGGGAAGAGAAGAUCGAACGAGAACGUCGAGAACGUCGAGAACGCGAGGAAAGAUUCAGGAGAGAGCAACAGGAUCGCGAGGAGAGAGGGAAAAAGGAACAACAAGAGCGUGAAGCGAAAGCCAGGCGCGACGGCGAGGAGAGACGCCAAGGCGCCAAAGCUGCUCAGGAAGCUAAAGCGAAGCGGUGGAAGGAGUAUAACAGCGCCUGGGAAGAGCUCAAGAACUCGACGGUAGCCUCUCGUAGGAGUAUGGACCCGCGCACAUCGAUUCCCUGGCCGACUGAGGCCGGAUCUUUUCGAAGCUGUCGAGACGUGGCCCAGUCUGACAUUGAAGCGUUUCUGCACUAUGGUGCUUCAAUGAAUGCGCGGUCUCAACUCCUUUCUAUUCUAAAAGUCGAGCGGUUGAGGUGGCAUCCGGAUAAAUUACAGCACCUAUUCUGCGCACGGGUGGAUGAAACUACGAUCAACAAGGUUACGGAGAUAUCACAGAUUGUAAACCAACUCUACACGUAUGAGCAAGCAAGGAGGGCUUAG